AUGGACUCACGUCCCCCUAUGAUGCGUGGGCCUUCGCCCCGUCCCCCGGCGAAUGCGAGCACCACGCCGCGCCCGCCGGCGUCGCCGGCCGUGCGCCCGCGCCCUGCGCAAGGACCGACCGGUGCACCGGUGAAUCCCACGCGUGCACGCAGCCCCAUGCCGCCGCAGCCCGCGCGCUCGCCGCGCCCGCCGAAUGCGCCGCUGCCGCCGCGCUCGCCGCGCCCCCCAACGGGUGCGCUGCCGCCGCGCUCACCGCGCCCGCCGUCGCGCUCGCCUGCGCCUGGUGCGCGCCCGCCACAGACGGGUCUCGAAGGCGGGAUGCAGCGCAUGGCCGUCGCCCCCAACGCACCGUCCAAGUCGCCCGCGCCCGCGCCGGCCGCGCCUGCGCCGGCCGCGUCGCCCGCCCGCCCGCCGAUGGGCCCUGCGCGUGCAAAGCGUGCGGCGCGUGCGUACCACCAGGAUGCCGCGCCGCCCGCGUCGGCCGGCUGGAACGACGUGGCGGCGCGCCCGCCGCCUGCGCAGGCCAACUGGCAACAGGAAGCUGCCGCGCGUGCGAACCUGCACGGCCCUGUCGGCCUGCAGGGCCAGGCAGCUGCGGAUGACGACACGGAAGGCACGCUGGACAUGAUCCCUGGUCAGCGCAACUCGAUUUCCCAGGCGCAGCUUGCGGCGAACCGUGCGGCGAUUGGCAUGCGUACGCCGCAGACGCAGCCGCCGCCGACCGUCGGCGGUGUGCCCCCUGCGUCCACCGCGCCGAACGCCAAUGUGUCGGGCAUGGGCCCCGGCACGGGCAAUGCGCGGCCCAAGAUCGACCCCGACCAGAUUCCUGCGCCAGUCGACGCGCAGUACGCGGACCAGCAGUUCUUUAACCACGAGUUCUUUGGGACGUGCACGCGCGAGGGGCUCCCCCUGUCCACGACCAACUACGCGGCGGUGGACCAAGGCAACUGCUCGGCCAAGUUUAUGCGUCUCACGACGUACUGCAUGCCGGCCACCGACGAGGUCUCUGCGUCGUCCAAGCUUCCGAUCGCGCUUACUGUGCAGCCCUUUGCGCAGCAGCGUGCCGACGAGGCCGCGGUGCCUCUGGCGGUGCCGGGCGAAUCGGGCCCGCCGCGCUGCAAGCGCUGCCGCGCCUACAUCAACCCCUGGUGUCUGUUUGUGGAGGGCGGCAUGAAGUGGAUCUGUAGCCUGUGUGGCAACGCGACGGAUGUUGCGUCGGACUACUUCUGCAACCUGGACAUUUCCGGGCGCCGGGUCGACCUGGAGAUGCGUCCCGAGCUGACGCACGGCACGGUCGACUUUGCGGUUCCGACCGAGUACUGGGCGGUGCAGGCCCCCGCGUCGGUGACACACAUGCUGCCGACGCCGCCGGUGGACGUGAGCGCCUCUACCGCGCAGCUCACCACCUCGUCCAAGAUGCAGGAGAGCGUCGAGCGCAUGACCGACAAUCUCGCGAGCCAGACGGACGACUCGGCGGCCAAGUCGGCGGCCAAGGCGGCCAAGGCCGCCGGCGAAGCCGCGCUCGGCACGCUGAAUCUCGGCAAGGGGCAGACGACCGUGCGUGCGCCGCGCCCCCUCACCUAUCUCUUUGUGAUCGACGUGAGUUUCAGCGCGGUGCGCUGCGGCGCGCUGCAGGUGUGCACGCAGGCGAUCCGCGAGACGCUGUACGGCCCCGCACCGGACGCGCCGCCGAGCGAGGCCGCGGUCGGCUUCGGCCUGCCGCCCGGAAGCCGCGUCGGUAUCAUCACCUUUGACCAGGCGCUGCACUUUUACAACCUCGACCCCGAGCUCGAGCAGGCGCAAAUGCUCGUCAUGGCCGACAUUGACGAUCCGUUCAUCCCGAUCUCGAGCGGCCUGCUGGUCGACCCGUGGGCAUCGCGCGCGCCGAUUGAGGCGUUGCUGCGCGACCUCCCGACCAACUUUGCGAAUACCUCGUCGUCCGAGGCGGCGCUCGGCUCCGCGCUGCGCUCUGCACAGGCGACGCUCUCGCUCAUCGGUGGACAGCUCAACCUGUUCCUCGCGACCAUUCCCACGGUCGGCCCCGGCAAGCUGAAGCACCGCGAAGACACCAAGCUGUACGGCACCGACAGCGAAAAGAACCUGUUUGCCGCGCAGGACGCCUUCUACCGCCAGCUCGGCGAGGAGCUUGCACUGGCGGGUAUCGGUGUCAACACCUUCUUCUUCCCGAGCCAGUACAUUGACGUGGCGACCAUCGGCCACAUGACCGCCGAGACCGGCGGCGAGGUGUACUUCCACCCGCGCUUCGACCCGGUGCGCGACGGAGCGCGCGUCCUCGCCGAGGUCCAGCGCACGGUCUUGCGCGAGACGGCGUACAAUGUCACGAUGCGCAUCCGCUGCUCGACCGGCCUGCGCGUCGCGAAGCACUAUGGCAACUUCCAUCAGCACUCGCCGACCGACCUCGAGCUGGGCACGUGGGACGCGGACAAAGCGCUCACCGCGCUCAUCAAGCACGACGGUCGCCUCGAAGAGUCGCAGGAAGCCUACUUCCAGUGCGCCGUGCUCUACACGAGUGCGACGGGCGAGCGCCGCGUACGCUGCCACACGCUCGCCGUGCCUGUCACUACGGCGCUCGGCAACGUCUUCCGCUACGCGGAUAUGGACAGCGCCUUGUCGUUCUACGCAAAAGAGGCCGCGACCUUGGCUCACACCAAGGCGCUCAAGGACGUGCGCAGCUACCUCACGUCCAAGUGCGUCGCGAUCCUCAUGGCCUACCGGCGCAACUGCGCGUCGUCGACCAGUGCGGGCCAGCUGAUCCUGCCAGAGAGCUUCAAGCUCUUCCCUCUGUACACCCUGGCGCUGAUCAAAAACAAGGCGAUCAAGGGCGGCAACGUCACCUCGGACGUGCGCGUCUACUUCAUCCGCCUCCUCCUCGGCCUCAGCGUGGGGUCGACCAUGGCGCUGCUGUACCCGCGCAUGAUCGCACUGCACCGCCUCGCGCCGACCGACGGCGAGCCGGUCGUGCCGCGCACCGGCCUCUCGCCGGAGAAGCAGGCAGAGGAGGACGCGCUGAUGAAGAUCACCGAGUGCCCGCACCUGAUGCGCCCAAGCUUUGCGCGGAUGGAGCCGCACGGUGCAUACCUGCUCGAGAACGGCGAGUGGUGCCUCUUGUGGCUCGGCGCGCAGGUGUCGCCGAAGCUGCUCGAGGACCUGUACGGCGUGGGCUCCAUCGACGAGCUCGACCCGCGCAUGACGAGCCUGCCGAACCUCCCGACGAAGCUCUCGAAGCAGGUGCGCAGCCUCAUCAGCAGCUUUGCUGCGCAGCGCUGCAAGCCGACGCUCCAGGUGAUUAUCGCGCGCCAGAACCGCGACGGCAUGGAGGUGGAGCUUGCGAACAAUCUCGUCGAGGACCAGAACAACGACGCCAUGAGCUACGUGGACUAUCUCUGUUACGUCCACCGUGUCAUUUCCUCCGAUAUCACGGCCAAGCCAGAGGAGAGCGGCGGCUCGUCGCUCUGGAAGGGCUUUACGUAG